UAUCACACUGGCUGUCUCUUCCUGUUUUCAUUCCUGAAGUUUGUUUCCUCACUUAAUCUUCUCCUGGCCAUUUUGGUAUUGGCAGCCCAAGAGGCUUACUGGACCGCUCUGCAUGGUGUUCCAGGAACUGCGGGUGCGCGGGUCUGAGGCUCGGAGAGAGACCUCUGAGAAAAUAACUUUGGGUUCUUCAGGGGAACCGACUCCUCUGCACAGAGCAGCGCGGUUCCACCCAUGCUGCAGCCACACUGGCAACAGAUGGGUAAACGGAGGCCGGGCUCAAGCCAGUCUGGAACCUGCUAAGGAGCCUGAGGCUGUCAGGAGAGCCAGGGAUGGAGGAAGGGCUCCCACCAUCACCUGCUGUGGCCUGAGGACUUCUUUCCAGAAACCCCCAGGCUGAGUCUGAGUUCCACGGUUCGAACUCGAGCUGUGUGGCUCAGCCGUGCAGGCUCCCAUAGCUGUAGUUUUGAGCAUCAAUAGAAGGCGAGGUUUUCAGAGGAAGUGUGUGCACGCCCAGCACGGGGGUGGGGUCCCCAAGAGAAGACUCCUCUUAGCUCAUCAGGACUGGGUGGUUCAGAGGUUUUGGGUUUUCCCCCCUGUGUUUUUUGAGCAUUGCUCAGUGUCCUUUAGGAGGUUAAAGGUUGGGGGUGGAGUGGAAACCAAAGCCUGAAAUGUACAGCAGGUCCCGGCCCGGGCAGGCCCCAAGUGGCUCCAAGGACACGCGUGACAACAGCCUCGAAAGGGCUCCCUCUGUACACUCACGUCCCCAGCAACCCCCUCCCUUCCUGUUUUGUCUACUUGUCACCAGGCUCCUACCCCAGUAGGGUGGCCUCAGCUUCACAGGUUUCUAGGCUCCAACCCCGCCCCGCCCCCAGGGCGUCCUGACUUUCGGUAAAUGAGGCGGCCAGGAAGCUCAGAGGCCUCACAGGAAGGAGCGGGGACUUUCCUGUCACAGCCUGGCUGCCGCCACCUCGGCGCAGCUGCAGCCCAGGCUGGCCUUGGCCUUCUAGUGUUCUGCCUCCACCACUGGACUUUUGUGGUGGUUGUACUCAUGGCACCUCCAAGUGAGGAGACGCCUCUGAUCCCUCAGCGUUCUUGCAGCCUCUCGUCCUCAGAGGCGGGAUCCCUGCAUGUCCUCCUUCCUCCGCGGGGAUCUGGGCCUCCCCAGCGACUGUCAUUCUCUUUUGGGGACUACUUGGCAGAGGAUCUGUGUGUGCGGGCAGCCAAGGUCUGUGGAAUCCUGCCUGUGUAUCACCCGCUCUUCGCUCUGGCCACCGAGGACUUGUCUCGCUGGUUCCCCCCAAGCCACAUCUUCUCUGUGGAGGACGUGGACACUCAAGUCUUGGUCUACAGGCUCCGGUUUUAUUUCCCUGACUGGUUUGGGCUGAAGACAUGUCAUCGCUUUGGGCUGCGCAAAGAUCUGACCAGCGCCAUACUCGACUUACACGUUUUAGAACACCUCUUUGCCCAGCACCGCAGUGACCUGGUGAGUGGACGCCUCCCAAUGGGUCUCAGCCUGAAGGAGCAGGGAGAGUGUCUGAGCCUGGCCGUGCUGGACCUGGCACAGAUGGCCAGUGAGCAGGCCCAGAGGCCAGGCGAGCUGCUGAAGACCGUCAGCUACAAGGCCUGCCUGCCACCCGGCCUGCGCGACCUGAUCCAGGGUCUGAGCUUCGUGACACGAAGGCGCAUCCGCAGGACGGUGCUCCAGGCGCUGCGCCGCGUGGUCGCCUGCCAGGCCGACCGCUACUCGCUCAUGGCCAAGUACAUCCUGGACCUGGAGCGGCUGCACCCGGCGGCCGCCGCCGAGACCUUCCGCGUGGGGCUCCCGGGAACCCAGGAGGGACCAGGGCUCCUGCGCAUAGCUGGGGGCAGCGGCGUCGCCUGGAGCCCUGGGGACCAAGAGCUUUUCCAGACCUUCUGUGACUUUCCCGAAAUCGUGGACGUCAGCAUCAAGCAGGCCCCACGCGUGGGUCCGGCAGGCGAGCAUCGGCUGGUCACCGUUACCAGGAUGGACAGCCACAUCCUGAGUUCUCCCGCGCAGGAAGCAGAAUUCCCGGGGCUGCCCGAGGCGCUGUCCUUCGUGGCCCUCGUAGAUGGUUACUUCCGCCUGACCUGCGACUCCAGGCAUUUCUUCUGCAAGGAGGUAGCACCGCCAAGGCUGUUGGAAGAGGUGGCAGAGAUGUGCCACGGACCCAUCACGUCAGACUUUGCUGUGCACAAACUGAAGACCGCUGGCUCCCUCCCGGGCUCCUACAUUCUCCGCCGCAGCCCUCAGGACUAUGACAGCUUUCUUCUCACUGCCUGCGUCCAGACGCCCCUUGGCCCAGACUACAAGGGCUGCCUCAUCCGCCGGGACCCCACCGGGGCCUUCUCCCUGGUCGGCCUCAGCCAGCCUCACCGAAGCCUCCGGGAGCUCCUUGCAGCCUGCUGGCAUUCUGGCCUGAAUGUAGAUGGUGCCGCCCUGAACCUCACAUCCUGCUGCACCCCCAGACCCAAGGAAAAGUCCAAUUUGAUCGUGGUAAGAAGGGGCUGCACCCCUUCCCCAGCCCCGAGCAGCACCCCGUCCCGCUGCACACUGAUGCAGCUGAGCUUCCACACGAUCCCUGCGGACAGCCUGGAGUGGCACGAGAACCUGGGCCAUGGCUCUUUCACGAAGAUCUACCGCGGCCACCGGCGGGAGGCCGUGGAUGGCGAGACACACGAGACGGAAGUCCUCCUGAAGGUCAUGGACGCCAGACACCGGAACUGCAUGGAGUCCUUCCUAGAGGCCGCCAGCUUGAUGAGCCAAGUGUCCUACCCGCACCUCGUGCUGCUGCAUGGCGUCUGCAUGGCUGGAGACAGCAUCAUGGUGCAGGAAUUUGUCUAUCUAGGAGCAAUUGAUAUGUACCUGCGCAAGCGUGGUCAUGUGGUGCCGGCCAGCUGGAAGCUGCAGGUGGUCAAGCAGUUGGCCUAUGCCCUCAACUAUUUGGAGGACAAAGGCCUCCCUCAUGGCAACGUCUCAGCGCGGAAGGUGCUCCUGGCUCGAGAGGGGGCUGAUGGGAGUCCUCCCUUCAUCAAGCUGAGUGACCCUGGCGUCAGCCCCACAGUGCUGAGCCUAGAAAUGCUCACCGACAGGAUCCCUUGGGUGGCCCCCGAGUGUCUGCAGGAAACCCGGACUCUCGGCUUAGAGGCCGACAAGUGGGGCUUCGGCGCCACCGCGUGGGAAGUGUUCAGUGGGGGACCCGUGCACAUCACCUCGCUGGAGCCCGCCAAGAAGCUGAAAUUCUACGAAGACCGGGGGCAGCUGCCGGCCCUCAAGUGGACGGAGCUGGCGGGACUCAUCGCGCAGUGCAUGGCCUACGACCCGGGCCAGCGGCCCUCCUUCCGUGCCAUCCUCAGGGACCUCAAUGGCCUCAUUACGUCAGAUUAUGAGCUCCUCUCAGACCCGACACCCGGUAGCCUGAGUCCCCGAGAUGAGCUGUGCAGUGGCGCCCAGCUCUAUGCCUGCCAGGACCCCACCAUCUUUGAGGAGAGGCACCUUAAAUACAUCUCUCUGUUGGGCAAGGGCAACUUUGGCAACGUGGAACUGUGCCGCUAUGACCCUCUGGGGGACAAUACAGGACCCCUGGUAGCAGUGAAGCAGUUACAGCACAGCGGGCCAGACCAGGAGAGGGACUUCCAGCGGGAGAUUCAGAUCCUCAAGGCGCUGCACAGCGACUUCAUCGUCAAGUACCGGGGAGUCAGCUACGGACCAGGUCGCCAGAGCCUGCGGUUGGUGAUGGAGUACCUGCCCAGCGGUUGCCUGCGGGACUUCCUGCAGCGCCACCGCACGCGCCUGCACUCCGGCCGCCUGCUGUUGUUCGCCUGGCAGAUCUGCAAGGGCAUGGAGUACCUGGGCGCGCGGCGCUGCGUGCACCGCGACCUGGCUGCGCGAAAUAUCCUGGUGGAAAGCGAGGCGCAUGUGAAGAUCGCGGAUUUCGGCCUCGCUAAGCUGCUGCCGCUCGGAAAGGACUACUACGUGGUCCGCGAACCAGGCCAGAGCCCCAUCUUCUGGUACGCCCCAGAAUCCUUGUCUGACAACAUCUUCUCCUGCCAGUCUGACGUGUGGAGCUUCGGUGUGGUGCUGUAUGAGCUCUUCACCUUUAGCGACAAGAGCUGCAGCCCUUCGGCCGAAUUCUUGCGCAUGAUGGGGCCAGAUCGCGAUGGGCUUGCGCUGUGCCGUCUCCUAGAGCUGCUGGCAGAGGGCCGCCGCCUCCCACGGCCUCCUGCCUGCCCCACUGAGGUUCAGGAGCUCAUGCAGCUGUGCUGGGCGCCCAGCCCGCAGGACCGGCCGACCUUCAGCAUCCUGAGUCCACAGCUGGACACGCUCUGGCGUGGAAACCCCGGGUAGCAGCCGGGAAUAGAGAUGUUAAAUUAUGGGAGCCCGGGCUCUGCGCAAUUGUCACCUCUGGAAAUACUUUCCUGGCACAGCCGCCUCCUACAGAACUCCAUACACCAGAUCCUAGUACUGCUCCACCUGGGCCAGAAACUCACCCGCCCCUUCCGCCUGCAGUCUGCAGAAGUGCCUGUAUCCAUCUCCCCUGCCCUGUGGGUUCAGUGAGACUCCUUACAGGUUGGGCUCCGGAACUGUUUGGUGAAUGAAUAAAUGAA